AUGAUAGAUUUGUCCAACAACAUGUUUGGAGGCCAAAUCCCACUUCCAUCACCUAUCACAUUCUAUUAUUCCAUUGCAAGUAACAAUAUAACGGGAAAGAUUCCUUCUUUGAUGUGCAAUGCCACCUGGCUCGGGUUCAUCGACUUGUCCAACAACGGCUUAACAGGUAGCUUGCCUCAAUGCAUAACAAAUUUUAGCACGUACCUGUCAAUUUUGGACUUGCAAAUGAAUCACCUAGAAGGCACAAUUCCUCAAUCAUUUUCUUCCAAAAAUUGCUUGACGACUCUUGACUUGAGCCAAAAUUGGUUUGAAGGCGUGUUGCCCCGAUCCCUUGUCAAUUGUACAAAUUUGGAAAUUUUGGAUCUUAGUAGCAAUCGGAUAGAGGAUACAUUCCCAAGAUGGUUGGGAAAACUUCCAGAACUAAAAGUUGUCAUUUUGCGGUCCAACAAUUUUAACGGUCUUUUGAACAUUUCGAAGGGAGAUCUCAUCUUUUUGAAGUUACGCAUUUUGGAUCUGUCCGACAACAACUUUGGCGGUCCAUUACCAGCCAACUUGAUAAUGAACCUUAGAGGCAUGAAGAAUACAACAAUUGGGCAACAUGAACCAUUGUAUAUGACAUGGUUUUCCAUAGGGGCGUUUUAUGAAAAUACUGUCACCGUGAUGAUGAAAGGGCAAGAGACAAAGCUAGUGAAGAUCUUAACCAUCUUCACGACCAUUGACUUGUCAUACAACUCUUUCCAAGGAGACAUUCCUGAAACUUUUGGCCAUCUUCACUCUCUUGUAGGGCUCAACCUUUCGUACAACCACCUUACUGGUUCCAUCCCUUUGACUUUAGGAAACUUGACUAAUCUUGGAUGGCUUGAUUUAUCUUCGAACAUGCUUAGUGGGGGAAUUCCUACAACAUUGGGAGAUUUGGCAUCCCUUGGGUACUUAAACCUCUCGAAUAACCGACUUAUUGGUCAAAUUCCUCAAGACAAGCAAUUAAGCACAUUUUCAAGCAACUCAUUCGGUGGAAACCCAGGCUUAUGUGGUACUCCAUUGUCAAAGGCAUGCCUUGGCGAUGCUCAACCUCCUCCACCAUCGUCCUCGUCAACUCUUGACCAUGAAGGACAUGGGAGUAGGUUCAAAUGGAAAGUAGUGUGGAUAGGUUAUUCCUCUGGAAUUAUCAUCGGGAUUUCCAUAGCAUAUAUUGCGCUUGAAAUGCGAAAGCCCAAAUGGCUCAUGCAAGGAGUGAGAAUGCUGGAGGGAAGUGCAGCCGAGUGGAUGGAGAAGCCAAAGCGGUAG